GAGCGAAUCAAAAUCAAGGAUCUGUCAAAACAUGCUUUGUGCUUUGUUUUUGGUUUAAUAUGCAUGCGAAUUAAACGAGCGGCAGUUGUCAGCGCUUUAAUUGUUGCUUAAGUUGGUAAUUUUUCUUCGAAUAUGGAUUACUUAAAUAAUAUAUUUAAUACUGGCUCCGGAUCUUCGGAUUCUGAAGAUGAUGUGGAUUAUGUGCCUCCUACCACUGUCGAAAGUGAUCAUUCAGAAGAUGAACUCAGCGAUGAGGAAGCUGAACUGUAUGAGGAACCUGCCACUAAAAAAGCUAAACUGAACGCCCAAGAGCUUAAAAAUAACGAUGCACCUACCAUUAAUAAACCAACUGUUGAUGUUUGGCAAAGCUUUUUAAAAGGUGUAAGAUCGACUCCUUAUGGCAAAGCUAACGGUAAACAGAAUGAAGCUUCCACUUCCGAAGAGACAUCAAAACCGAAAACUGUGAACAAAAUAGAAAGUGCCAAUUCUGAUAAAGCUGCUGAAGCUACGGAUAUUAAAGUGCCUGAUGAGAGUGAUGCAGACCUGAAAAAAGAAGAGACUUUGCCUAAGGAAAAGGAGCUGGAGAGUAAUGUUGAGAAAUUAGGGGUUUCUAAUAAUUCUGUUGAACUUAAGGAUGAUGCUCCAGAAGACAAAAAUGAUGUCGUAAAGGAUAAGCCAAUUAAUAUUUUGGAAAAGGAUGCUGUGUGUGUGAAAGAUAAGCCAGUUGAUGUACUGAUUGCUCGCCCACGUACAGGUCUUUCUUCAGUUUUGGGCAGCCUUGCGAACAAAGGUAAAAAGCAGUCAGUUCUUGAGAAGAGCUUAGAAGAUUGGAAGACCUUUAAAGAAGAACAUGGCAUUGAAAAGGAUCUCGAGACUUUUAACAAGGGUCGUUCGGGUUACAUUGAGAGACAACGAUUUCUUGAAAGAAGUGAUAUCCGUUCCUUCGAGAAUGAAAAGAACCUUAGACUUACUGGAAGAAAACUACCUGGAUCUACUGGAAAAUAAAUUGCUAGUCUGUAGGUAUGUCGGCGUAUUUCAUUCCAUUUCAUAAGUCAGCAUAUUUGAAGAAAGUUUGUUAAGAUUUCAUAUAAAUUUUUAUUAUUGGGACAUUUGAAAUCCGGUAAAUUCAUUUGAAUUAACGAUUUGCAUUGUGUUUAUAUCAGCAUGAUCAUUGUUUUGCAUUGUAUCAUUGAGAUUUUCGAAUAGUUUAAUAAACAUAUUUACAUCCUU